GGUAAGGCAGUGAGUGUAUGUGUAGUAUUUCUGAUAGUAAUAGUGCAUUCCAAUAUGGCUGCCGGCAGAUAAGAAACCCUCUUUCUCCUCUUAUUGCAGCACUAGAUGUAGCCGAGCUGAAGGGAGAAAGCCCUAAAGAGAUACUGUCAGAUCCAUCUCUCUCUUUCUCUCUCGACACCUUUUAUAUCGUUCAUCACUCUACUGUACGAAUAACCUCUACACUAGCUCUCUCCUUCUCUCUCUUCAUAAAUCUUCUCUACAAUAUAGUGAAUCGUUCUACACCAGCUCUCCAUCCCCCUGAAGCUCUAUCUUCACAGAACUUAAUAUCAACAGCAGUGGAAACAUUUUUAAUCAUUAGAGGGCAUCAAUAAAAAGCUAGGAUUAUAUAUUUAGGAGGAGAAAACAUCACUUUUAGUAGUCGCUCUCUGUUAUUAAGCUGGAGAGGACAUGUCUCUAUUGCGUCCUAUUAUUUACUCGAGUGGUUCGUCUCCACACACUCCAUUGACACCGGACACUGUCUCAAAGAUGUAUGACCUUGCCCAUUAUCCUCAGUUGGAUAAGAUAGAAUCUGUUAUGUUAGCGGAGAUGGCUCAUAGAGAAUACCAAAGAGGCAACUACGACUUAUCCGAGAGACUCUGUAUGGAGUUAUGGCGUAGAGAACCAGACAACACCGGCUGCCUCCUCCUCCUCUCUUCAAUUCACUUUCAAUGCCGGAGACUUGAGAAAUCUGCUCAUUUCAGUACACUGGCUAUCAAGAAGAACCUCACACUAGCUGAAGCUUAUUCUAAUCUAGGAAACGUAUUCAAAGAGAAAGGACAGCUGGAUCAGGCCCUCCAGCACUACAGACAUGCUGUCCAUCUCAAGCCUGACUUUGUUGAUGGGUAUAUUAACCUAGCAGCUGCUCUUGUUGCCAAUGGUGACCUCCUGGAUGCUGUUGAGGCUUAUAACACUGCACUACACAUUAAUCCGGAUCUGUAUGGAGUUAGGAGUGAUCUUGGUAACCUUUACAAGGCACUGGGUAGACUGGAAGAUGCUAAAUCCUGCUACAUGAAAGCUAUAGAGACUCAUCCAACAUUUGCUGUAGCCUGGAGUAACUUGGGUUGUGUUUACAAUAGUCAGGGAGAGAUAUGGCUGGCCAUACAUCAUUUUGAAAAGGCUGUCCAGCUGGAUCCAGCUUUCCAAGAUGCCUACAUCAAUUUGGGCAACGUACUAAAAGAGGCGAGGAUAUUUGAUAGGGCAGUUGCUGCUUAUCUCCGUGCCCUUAGCCUCAGCCCCAAUCACGCCAUUGUGCAUGGGAAUCUUGCCUGUGUCUACUAUGAGCAAGGGCUCAUAGAAUUAGCUAUUGAUACGUAUAAGAGAGCUAUUGAGCUUCAGCCACACUUCCCUGAUGCUUACUGCAACCUUGCCAAUGCACUUAAAGAACAAGGAAAAGUAGCAGAGGCUGAGGAAUGCUACAAUAUAGCUCUAAAAAUGAACUCGUCGCAUGCCGACUCACUGAACAACCUUGCUAAUAUCAAGAGGGAGCAGGGACAUAUUGAUGAAGCCAUAAAGCUGUACAAGAGGGCACUGGAGAUAAUGCCAGAAUUUGCAGCAGCUCACUCCAACCUUGCCAGCAUACUCCAGAUGCAAGGGAAGCUCCAAGACGCUUUACUCCACUACAAGGAAGCCAUCAGGAUUCACCCAAACUUUGCAGAUGCUUACAGCAACAUGGGUAACACCCUCAAAGAGAUGCAGGACUUUCAAGGAGCCCUCCAGUGCUACUCCCGUGCCAUACAGAUCAACCCUGCCUUCGCCGAUGCCCACAGCAAUCUUGCGUCCAUUCACAAAGACUCUGGGAAUAUUCCAGAGGCCAUUACCUCGUAUCGAAUGGCGCUAAAGCUGAAACCGGACUUCCCUGAUGCUUUUUGUAACCUCGCCCAUUGUCUACAGAUUGUUUGUGACUGGUCUGAUUAUGAGUCUCGGAUGAAGCGAAUUGUUCAGAUCGUCGGCGAGCAGUUGGCGAAGAAUCGUCUACCGUCCGUCCACCCUCACCACAGCAUGCUGUACCCGCUAUCCCAUGGACAGAGGAAGGGGAUUGCUGCUCGUCACGCUACCCUCUGCCUGGAGAAGGUCUCUACACUACACAAGGCACCUUAUCAAUAUCCCAAGGAUCGAUCUGCUUCAGGUGGUAGGCUAAGAAUUGGAUAUAUCUCGUCCGAUUUUUGCAACCAUCCAACUUCACACCUCAUGCAGAGUGUACCCGGCUUUCACAACAGGGCUAAGGUUGAGGUGUUUUGUUAUUCAUUGUCGCCGGAUGAUAAUACGAGUUUUAGGAGAAAGAUAGCACAAGAGAGUGAACACUUUAUUGAUUUAUCAAAAGUUCCUGAUAAUGGUGCAGCUGCUAAUAGGAUCAAUUCUGACGGUAUUCAUGUUUUAGUGAAUAUGAAUGGAUACACUAAAGGAGCUCGUAAUGAAAUAUUUGCAUUAAAACCAGCCCCAGUACAGAUAAUGUGGUUGGGGUAUCCAGGUACCAGCGGGGCCUCCUACAUGGAUUACAUCAUCACCGAUCGUGUCACCUCCCCCAUGAACCUCGCUGACCAGUACUCGGAGAAAUUAGCCUACAUGCCCAGGACUUUCUUUGUGGGCGAUCAUCGCUACAUGUUCCCUCACCUCCUCUUCAAAGGACAGGGUACGACUGACCCCGCCCCUUUACAAGCGAUAGACUCUCAGUCUGGCGUCACUUCGAUAAACAGCGUCAUUCAGCGUCCAGUGCACUCCAUCACUGGUGGGAAUCGACAAGCGUCUUCGACUCAAGCGCUACAGCAACAAAAACUGGCGCUGCAGCAGCAGAAGUCGUUACUGAUACAACAGCAUCAGUCUUGCUUGCAUAAUCUCCAGCAACAGCCUCACAAUCACCUCUACCUGCAGCAGUGUCAGCAAAGCCAGCAGGCGCUGCAAAAGAUACAGGCAAGUCUUAACCAGUUAUCACAGCAGACAGCGAUAGCGUCUACUCCUCAGCCCGAACACCCUCUUGCGAUGCCAACAGACCUUCCAUUGACGACUAGGGCUCAGUACGGCCUGCCUGAAGGUGCUGUGGUCUAUUGUAACUUCAACCAGCUGUAUAAGAUAGACCCGGCCACUCUCGAGAGUUGGGCUAACAUAUUGAAGAGGGUUCCUAAUAGUAUCAUGUGGCUCCUGAGGUUUCCGGCUGUUGGAGAACCCAACGUAGUCGCAACGACUCAGAAACUUGGUAUCCAACCAAGUCGGAUCAUUUUCUCGCCCGUGGCUCCGAAAGAAGAGCAUGUUCGUCGUGGGCGAUUGGCUGACAUGUGUUUGGACACGCCCCUCUGUAACGGCCACACCACUGGCAUGGAUGUAUUGUGGGCGGGGACUCCAGUGCUUACGCUACCAUUGGAAACACUGGCUUCAAGAGUGGCCGCUUCUCAGUUGAUAUCUCUGGGUUUCCCUGAACUGGUUGCAUCCUCAAGACAAGAGUAUGAAGACAUUGCUGUCACCUAUGGAAACAAUCCUGCAAAGUUAAAAGCUCUUAAAACGAGGGUUCAGGAUGCUAGAUUAACCUCAUCGUUGUUUGAUACUAAGAAAUACACUCAGGAUCUUGAAGGGAUCUUCUUUCGUGCUUGGGAGCGCCACGAGCAGGGACUCCCUCCUGAUCACCUUGAGUAGACUCUCGGCCCAUUUUCUGCCCACAUCAUCUGUUGUUUGUAAUGAAGUUUUGGCACUUUCACUGAUUUCAUUCUGAAACAAUUCCUCUCUCUCUUUCUCUUCGUUUUCUACAAACUUAUUCUUUCUUCACUUUCGUAGCCUUUUCCUUUUUUGUUGUCUCAGACUUCCUAAAGUCCAGGCUGAUUCUAAUUCUUCUUCUCUAUAUAUUUAUAUUAUAUGUAUAUUCUCCUGUUGCUCUCACUCUCUCCUCUCUUUCUCUUCAAGGAUCAGGUCUGGUAACUGUUUAGGAUUCAAUUUUCAUUUUUGUUUGUUUUGCUUUCCGUUGCCUCCUCUUCUCUUGUAGAGGAUGAGGGAAUGGGAUGCUCCAUUGAUGGAAUAAAAUAAUUAUAAUAAUUAUUAUAAA